AACCGUGGCUAAGGGCGGGCUCCUGUCAGCGCUUGGAGAAAGGAAAGUGGUGGUAUAGGUAAAUAUUCCCGACGUGCACCGAGGUGCGGGGAGUGUCCCGGGCUUCCAGCGUUCCCAGUUUGUUAAGCCAAGUCGGAAUGAGCAGCAGCAGCAGAGGUGGCGGUGCGCCCUGGCCGUGCUGCCAUGCCUUUUUGGGGACUCGGGGGAAGGCGUGUGACACUCCUGCCGCGCUUCUCCUGCUCGCAUAUCCCGGCCAGAUUCAUCUCUUCUGAGUAAAUGAAGACAGUGACUAUGAAGGCACAGCAUCUGCCUUCUGUUUUCAUCAAUGAAGAGAAGUUCGUGACCAGAGAGCAGCUCAGUUCUCUUCUGAAGAACUAUAACUCUUACUAUUCAGAUCAAGAGAAUCUGCAACUGACUUAUAAUCAGCGAGAAGGAAGCACGCCAUUCAUUGAAGGAAUCCUCUCGAUAUUCUGGGGAGUGCGCCAUCCGAUCCGAUUAAAAAUUCAGGAUGAGAAGCAGAUACCCUCUUUUGUAACCCUGAAGUCAACAGAGAAUGUGGGGGUUUUCCCUAGUAAAAGGGGAAUGACUCGCUGGGGAGAAUUUGAUGACCUCCAUCACAUUAGCGGGGAUACACUGAAAUCUACUGAGGAACAGCCAGAUCUCCAGCCAAGUUAUCCAUGCUAUGAAAGUCACACUCUUCAGUCCAGGAGGGAGCCGGAGCUGAACUGUGCCACCCUGCCCCGGACCAGCAGCGAUGCCACGGUCGUGCGCAGGAGGACCAAGCUCCCCACAAUCACCAGGACAGAAGUAGAAACUCACAGGUUCUCUAUCAAUGGCCACUUCUACAACCACGAGACAUCAGUUUUCACUCCAGCUUUUGGGUCAGAAACCAAAAUAAGAAUCAACAGCCAGAUGAGGACCAGACAAGUGAUAGAACAGUUGCUUCGUAAGUUUAAGAUAGAAAACAGCCCCCAUGAGUUUGCACUUUACGUUAUCCAUGCGUCUGGAGAAAAGAAGCAGUUGAGGAGUAGAGAUGUUCCCUUGCUGCACAGGCUGCUGCAGGGGCCCUCUGAGAAGGUUGCCAAGUUCUUUCUCAUGGAUGGAGACGUGGAAGAGAUCAGCAGUGAUGUUGCUCAGUACAUUUCAUUUCAUCUUCCCUUUUUGGAAUCCAUUCUGCACAGAAUAAAUGAAGAGGAGGAGCAGGAGAUUCAACAGACAACUGCAAGGUAUGUAAGAGAGAAGAGGCUGAUCCAGCAGCACCUUCGAAGUCGAGGUGUUAAAAAAACAGAGACCACGGUGUGAUGGGACUGCCCUGAUUGGAACACCUCUCAGGAAUGCCUGGGCUGCUGAAGGGCACUCUUGCUGCUGCCUUCUGGGGCUUCAGCCUCCAAGUGGGAGAAGCCUCUGCUCACCAUUAACUCCUGCAGCGCCAGGGUGCAGGCUGGGAGCACCCAUGGAGACGCGCCACAUCACCCAAACAACGCGUGCUGGAUCUGGCUUGGAACUUAGGCAAAAACUCCUCUGAAAAGCCCAAAGCAUUCAGCUUUAAACCCUGCUGAUGUGUGACCUGCCACCAAGAGGCUGGCAUAGAAAAAUACCGCAAUAACCAAUGUGCUGAUUGAAAAUAGGCCAACUAGGAAUAUGGUUAGCCCUCUGUUAAAAAAAUACUGUAUUAUAUUAGCAGAAAGCUUUUCAGUAGAGCCAAGUGGCAGAAGGUAUUUAUGUAUUUAAGACUGCAGGUAGAAUUUUCAUUUAAGUUAUAAAAUGUCCAUGCAAGAUGCCUGAAAUCCAGUGGCUUCAGGCUGGUGUAUGCUGAAACUGCUUAAGCUUUGAGCUACUGCUAGAAAAACAUAAUUGGAAACCCUCUCACUUAGGAGCUGCUCAGCUCUUAGCAAUGACAGGGAAUUUAUUGCUGAAAUACCUCGCUCGUGAACUGCAAAUAAGAAUUGACUGAACACUGUUGGGUCCUGAAAAGCAUCUCAGUGUUUUUGUAGUUGGAAUAAGUGAUUGUGUCCCUUCCUGUGGUUUUCUGUUUGAAAGGGAAUUGAGAAGUUCUCAGUGAGAGGCUGCAUGUAGGGAUGCAGUUUGGCUCCAGCCCAGCCCCAUGCAGGGCACACCACCCAGCUGCCAGGUCCUUCCUGGCUGACUUGUGUUCAACGUGAGAGCUCCAGUUACAGAGAUGUAAAUAAAAUAAAUCUGUUCACAGCUCGUUGUCCUCCUGCAGUAGCUGGUUGUUUUUACCUGGUGUCUGCGCCUUAACUCAGCUGCCUUUGUCUCAUGCAGGUAACAAAUAGUUGUGAUGGAGGAAAGAGAUGUGCAGAACCUUCUUGCCUAGAAAUUAUGUGGAGUAAAUCACCUUGCAAAACUUUGCGCUGCCCAAAAUCCUGUUACUGGGAUUUGAAUUCAGAAAGUAAAGGUGAAAGUGCUGAAUGAAGUUCCUCAAGUUGGACCAAGUGUGUUAUUUCAAAGUGCAGUUUAUAAUCCUGCCCAGGAAAAUGGUUAGGGACAAGGGAUUACAGAGGGCAGAAAAUAAUAAUAAUAAAAAUAAUUCACAGUUAAGAGGUAGGAAUUAAAUGACAGCUGGCUUGCAGCACACGUGACAGUUCCUUGAAGCAGCAGGGUGUGCCUCCACAUGGAAGUAUUGGAGUAUUAAAUAAUUUCUUGCAGAGCAGAGUGGAAAAGAAGUGUUUCUGAGCAGGUUAUCCAAUCCCCUGUGUAUGUCCACUCUUCCUAAAACAGGUAAUAUUUGCCACCAUCUGAUAUUCAAGACUUGAAUCCUUUAAAUUCUCUUGUCUUGCUGAAUUGGGACUGAAAGCUUCUGGAAGACAGUUCUGGGACAGGACAUAGGGCUGAUGCUGUUGGCCAGGAUUUCAGGGUGAAUGAAAUCAUGCUGUGACUCCUGUGGGGUUGGUUCUUUGCGAGUGCUGUGCUGUCUAAAUGAAUUGUUUUUGACAAAUACAGACAAGAGCAAGGGAAGAAUUUCUUCCAGGGUAUUCUGGGACAUUCAAAGAAACACAGCAAGGACACACAGGUGAUAGAGAAAAUGGGGGUCACCCGGGUUUGGACACAAACCCAUUAACCACAGAAACAGUGAUUAGAGUCUAUACCUUACCUGAAUUUGUACAUUUAAUCUCAUUGCACUUACACCUCAUAAGCCUAGGAUUUAAAAUGCCUUUCUUUGUUUUGUUCUGUGACUAUUUGGGAUAAUACAAUAAUAUUUCAUACCAGAAAAUCGUGACCACAGCCAUACCCUGAAUUUCCAUUGCUUAGCUUAUUGUUUCAGUGGAUUUCCAUACAGGGAUUCAGCCUCCCUCUGAACUAAACAUGGCUUUUUGUCACUUGGUUUGCUUUAAAUGCUCCCUGUGCCGUUUGUGUCACUUUUCCGGUGAGGACCUUCCCAUGAACUGUACAGCUCCUUACGCUGACAGCAUUUUCUCACUCCUUUGGAUGAAUUCUGGAGGCUGGAAAAAGAAAAAUCCCUGGGAUCAAUAGUGGCAGGAGGGUGCCUGAUGUGUCUGUGACAUGUUCAGUGAGGUGGCAGCAGCAGGGCGUGUCCUAUGGCCUUGGCACGGUGUACACAACACUUGUGUGCAGAGCAGGGACACAUUUAUCACUGUGAAUGCACAUUUGGUUUUACUCUUCAGCCACGCUGGCCUUACACUUGGUAUUGGUCACAAAAAUACUGAAAUACAGCUCUGGUAGGAAGGAUGGGGAAAUGCCCUUGGAAGGUGCCACUGGAGCCUUCAGGUGAGUGGCUGGAGGGGCCGGAGGUGUGCGGGGGUCACCUCAAACCCUGUUCUCUGUCUUCUGUUACACUGCAGCAUAGUUGUGUGCAUAGGCAUAAGAAUUUAUGCAUAUUCAAAGGUUCCUUUGAGUUUAGAUGUUCUUUGGCUUGGUUUUAACCUUUUACUUGUAGAUUAAACCAAUAUAUUUGAUUUCUUCCUGUGAUGCCAUCCUGCUGUGUUUUCACUCCCUGAUAACGAGGGUCAAUAAAUUCUUUUUUUCCC